GAGUCUGGGAAGAGCACCAUCGUCAAACAGAUGAAGUGAGUGGUCCCCGAGGAAGGCCGGCAGUACAAAGCUGUGGUCUACAGCAACACCAUCCAGUCCAUCAUGGCCAUCAUCAAGGCAAUGGGGAACCUCCAGAUUGACUUUGGAGACUCCUCCAGAGCGGACGAUGCUCGGCAGCUGUUUGCGCUCUCCUGCACUGCCGAGGAGCAGGGCAUCAUGCCGGAGGACCUGGCCAACGUGAUCCGAAGGCUGUGGGCUGACAACGGGGUCCAGGCUUGUUUUAACCGCUCCCGAGAGUACCAGCUGAACGACUCCGCUGCCUACUACCUGAACGACCUGGAGAGGAUAGCCCGUGCCGACUACAUCCCCACCCAGCAGGACGUGCUGCGCACCAGGGUGAAGACCACCGGCAUCGUAGAGACCCACUUCACCUUCAAGGACCUGCACUUCAAGAUGUUCGACGUGGGCGGCCAGCGCUCCGAGCGGAAGAAGUGGAUCCACUGCUUCGAGGGGGUGACGGCCAUCAUCUUCUGCGUGGCCCUGAGCGCCUACGACCUGGUGCUGGCUGAAGACGAGGAGAUGAACCGGAUGCACGAGAGCAUGAAGCUGUUCGACAGCAUCUGCAACAACAAGUGGUUCACGGACACGUCCAUCAUCCUCUUCCUCAACAAGAAGGACCUCUUCGAGGAGAAGAUCGUGCACAGCCCCCUGACCAUCUGCUUCCCCGAGUACACAGGUACCGCCGGGCUCUCGGUGCCCCCCUGCCAGGAGCAGCGGGCAGAGCCUUUCCGGGUGGUGUAG